UACAGUGUGUGGUCUGCAGGGGCCAAAGGGACCCCGGAAACGCGCCGCGCUGCAGAUCCAGGAAGCGGAACGAAUGAAGUUCAUUUCUCACAGCUGGUGAUGGCGGAUGCUGUCGAAAUAGAGACCAUGAAGAAUUAUAACAUAGCGUUCGAGAGGAUAGACCCGAGCAUAAGCCGCUAUCCCUACUGUAUUGUAUGGACGCCAAUCCCCGUGUUAUCAUGGCUCUUUCCUUUCAUCGGCCACAUGGGUAUUUGCACCUCCACUGGAGUGAUCCGCGAUUUUGCAGGUCCAUACUUUGUCUCAGAGGAUAACAUGGCAUUCGGAAGACCGACAAAGUACUGGAUGUUGGACGCCAGUAAAGUGUAUGCCAGUGGAUCUAACGCGUGGGACACAGCAGUUCACAAUGCAUCAGAAGAGUACAAACAGAGAAUGCACAACCUUUGCUGUGACAACUGUCACUCGCAUGUUGCCAUGGCACUGAACCUGAUGCGCUAUGACAACAGCACCUCGUGGAAUAUGGUGAACCUCUGCCUGCUCUCACUCGUUCAUGGCAAACACGUCAGUUGCGUAGGCUUCCUGAAGACCUGGCUUCCUUUCUGCAUCUUGACCAGUGUGAUCCUGGCUGUAACUCUGUCUCUAAACCUGCGAUGACCCCACGGGGUCACACUCAGGCCAACGGGCUCGCCGCCCAUCGGAGACCCGUCACUCCAGCUCCAGCGGGACUCCACUGAAUGUCAACUUGAAGUCCAGCUCUUCUGAGCGCAACAUCAAACAUCAAACGCUAGACCUCUUUGUCGUAGGGUAGAGACAGCAAAUACACCAUGGCUUCAACGUCUUGUGGUGAUGUACGAUACGCUAUUCUCAAAACCUGUCUUCCAAAGGCAUGACUUUGGUGUCUCUUGAGGGUUAUGGUGCUCUUUUAUCGUUUGGUUAGACUUUGAUCUCCAAACUAUAACUGCUGUUUAGGAAAUAUAACACUAUCACGUAUAUAUAGUCUUAUAUUUUAAAUAUAACUUGAAUAUGAAUUUCUAAAUAUGCUAUGUUCUUUCUGCGAACCAAUGCAUUGUAUAUUAAGAUACUCUGGAAGAUGGAUUUCCUUUUAAAAUUCUUACUAUGAAUACGAA